UAUGGCAGACUUUCUACAUAAAAUGUCCUUACAAAACUUUUUCUUAUUUUUAGUUUCGUUUAUCACUUUGAUGAUUAUUAUUAUACAAAUAAUAUUUCCACAUGGUCCAAAGAAAAAGAAACUAAACUUACCCCCUUCUCCAAGAAAGCUUCCAAUCAUAGGAAACUUGCACCAAAUAAGCUCACACCCACAUCGUUCUCUUCACGCAAUAUCUCAAAAACAUGGUCCAAUUAUGCUUCUUCACUUAGGGAGUGUACCCACUCUUGUGGCCUCCUCUUCUGAAGCAGCUCAAGAGAUCUUAAAAACUCAAGAUUUGUCAUUUUGUAGUCGACCUAAAUUCACUAUCCCUGGUAUAAUAACAUAUGGGUGUAGGGACAUAACAAUGUCUCCUUAUGGUGAAUAUUGGAGGCAAUUAAAGAGUAUUGCAGUAUUACAUCUUCUAAGCAAUUCAAGAGUUAAGUCAUUUGAAAAAGUUAGAGAAAAAGAAAUAAGUCGAACAAUUGACAUACUUGAAAAAAGUUGUGGCUCUUUAGUUGAUUUAAGUGCAUUGCUUUUGUCGCUUUCAAAUAAUAUCAUUUGUACCGUGGUCAUGGGGAGGACGUAUGAUGGCUCAAAGCUCGUAAAUUUGUUGAAUGAGUUCUUAGAUUUGUUAAUUGUUUUUAGCGUUGGUAGUUUAGUACCAUGGCUAGGAUGGAUGGAUCGAGUUACUGGUGUAGUUGGAAGGGCAGAAAAACAUGCCAAGGAGUUCGAUGAGUUUCUUGAAGGUCUUAUUGAAGAUCAUGUGAACAAGAAAAGAAGUGGCGGUCACCAAAGUAGUGACGAUCAGGAAGAAUGUCUCAUUGGUAUCUUAUUAGAUCUCCAAAAAGAUAACACAGUAAACUUCAAAAUUCAGAGAGAUAGCAUUAAAGCACUCAUCUUGGACAUUUUCGCCGGUGGUACCGAUACUAUAGCAACAACCGUAGAGAUGGCAAUUAGCGAGCUAAUAAGACAUCCAUUAACAAUGAAGAAAUUACAACAAGAAGUAACAGAAGUAGCAAAAGGAAGACCGAUGAUCAUUGAUGCGGAUUUGGAGAAAAUUUCAUUCCUUACAGCAGUCGUAAAAGAGACCUUGCGCUUACAUCCGCCUGCCCCACUUCUUACGCCUCGAGUGUCGACACAAGAUGUAAAACUAAUGGGGUAUGACAUUCCAAAAGGCACACAAGUGUUUGUCAAUGCUUGGGCAAUUGGAAGAGAUCCUGCCUUGUGGGAAGAUCCAAAUGAGUUUAGGCCAGAGAGGUUCUUGAAUAAUUCGAUUACGUAUAAAGGCCAACAAUUUAAUUGGCUUCCAUUUGGUGCUGGUCGAAGGGAAUGUCCUGGGAUCCAAUUUGCAGUAGUUGCAACUGAACUUGUAUUAGCAAAUAUUGUUUACAGGUAUGAUUUGGCAUUGCCAGAUGGGUUCAAAGAUGAGGAUUUGGACAUGAACGAGACAUGUGGUAUAGUGGUUCGUAGGGCAUUCCCUUUAAUGGUCAUUCCAAGUGCUCGGUUUUAGUUGCUAUAAUAUGUGUAACCAUACAUGAUUUGGAGCAUUUGAUGUUAUCGAUAACAUAGUUCAUGCUAUAAUUUGUGAAACCAUCUCAUAAUGCAAUAAUUGUAAGUGUGCUUCCUUAAUUUUUUUAUUAAUAUAUGUAUAUAAGUUUCUCUAAAUAAAAAAUUAUGUGGGUUAUUGUUUUUA